CGUGUUGUAUUUUGGGUUCAUUCAUUUCAAUUCAAGUGAUGUUAAACAUUAAAAAAAAAAGCAAUUUCCAAACACUAGUAAUAUUCCUAUGUCAAAUGCCUUUAUGUAUAAAUUUGUAUUUUAUUUCUGUAUUUAAUAACUGCCAAAUUAUUUUACUAAUUUGUAAUUGGUUAAGGAUACUGAUCCUUGGACUGUUGCGUAAUAGGAAGGGGAGGAGUAGAGGGGGAAGUUCGACGGAGGGGGUGAAGGAGUCAGUCUGCUCGGUUGCUCUUCCCAGUUAGCAUGAGCUAAGCAAAGACUUUUCCUAGCUAAGGAAAGGCAGCUGCAGUCAAGUGUUCGGCCAGAACAUUUAUAAAAGCAGUGGACUUUAGUUAUGUGCGGUGGGACACUUUUCCUCUGUUGUUUUCAAGAAGUCGCAACCUGGACUGUUGUGAAAACUGACGCGACGCCCGCGAGAGCACGCUAGGUUAAAAGACAGCGAGGAGGGGUGGCUAUCACGUUGGUGAGCUACACGACUGCUGUUCUUUGUGAAUCUGGAGGCGAGAAUCGUCUUGGACACCGGAAGAGUUGUGGUUGUUUGGAAAAGACGACCGAGAUCGACUACACGGUGGGGACCGGGGGAUUCGGUGCUGCGGGGGUCCAUGCGGGAGGCGCGUGCGGAGCCACGAGCCACGACAGGUCCACGCUGUGAGCACAUGAACGCUCUACUGUUCACCUUCCGACACAACGAGUCAGGUACAGAGUCAAUUUAUUUUGUUUGCUCAUUGAGUGAAGCGGCCAGUGUUUAAGUUUUCAGGCCUCCACGCACACAAGCGACGUUCAGGCCUGCAACGGGUACUUUUGGAUCAUUUUAGUUAUUAUAAAGCCGGCAUAGCUUAGGAUUUACUAAUGACUUGGAUGGUUUUGCUUAUUGUGUUUGUUUGUUAAUGCUCUGAAAGUGACUGAUGGACAACAAGGGUUUGAUUUUUGAACUUUAAAGGGAAACUUUAAUUGUAAGGUUUUGAGUUAAGACACAUUCAUUAUUGACUGUACAUUGCUAUACAGGUAAUUUGAGUUAUUUUAAGUUGUGCCCACUUCUUCGAGUGUGUUUAUGGUUUAUUUACAAAUGUAAGAUAUUUAAUUUUCUAAAUUCCGGGUAAUUUCGUUUAAAAUAUAUUUUCAUAAGUAAAAAGAAGAAAGACAUUUACUGUGUCAAUUCAUUAUUUCAUUAACAGAUUUCUUCUUGGGUAAAAACUGGGUAUAUUUACAAGGCAUUUAUAAAGAAACUCAUAAUUAAUCUAACAACGACUACAGUUUUAUCAUCUUUUAAUUGAUAAGAACUCAGGGCGUCCCAUAUUUGGUUAUUUUACAUGCUUUUGGAUGUUUUGCCAGUAAUGUAGGCAAGGGGGCGCUACAUAAAAUGGAGGCACCGCUGGGAUUGUUAUGAGAAGUUUGUAAUUUGGGUUUCUGUAGUUCUAGUGCAUUUUUGAACAUUAUCAUUGAUAUUUAGAAUUUCUAUUUUCAGUCAUGGCUGAUAGCAAGUUGCAGGCAGAGCUUAAUGAGUGGUGUGAUACUGAAACUAUUGAUGUUGCUCAUGCCGUACUAGUGGUGGGGGUGGGUAAAGAUCUCGAAGUUGCCAAAAUCGAAGAAGAGCUACACACAGUUCGAUGCUGGGGUCGUGUGAGAGUAAGGGGAACCAAGCCCUAUAGUGAUGGUGAUGGCGUGUUAGUUCUCUGUGAAUGCAAAGAAGUCAUUGAUCCAAGAGUAGUUCCUCCUGAAGUCCGACCUAAAGAUGGGGCUAUUUGGAAGAUCAUAACUUAUGCCCAGGAACCCACUACUUCUGCUCCUGCUGAGGAUUUUUCAGCCAAGUUGCAACGUUUUCUAAUGUCCGAGGGAAAGACCCUUGCUGAUGUUCAAAGCAUGUCUCCCACUGAUGAGUCAGUUUUGCGUGCCAUGGUUGACGUUGUCAGUCGAACUACUAAAAGUCAGGCUGAAAGCCAUGGUUAUCGCCGCCUGCGGAUCUACUCAGGAGUCACUCCCACCCCAACAGGGGAGGAAUCUCUAGAAUAUUGGCUAGAGCAGGCAACAUUGAUGGUUCAGGAGAGUGAACUCAAUGAACAUGAGAAGAGGCGGCGAAUUCUGGAGUGCUUGCGAGGACCUGCUCUCGAAAUUGUCAAGUCAGUACGCCUCAGUAAGCAAGGAGCCACAGCCCAAGAGUUCCUCGAUGCGUUAGACAGUGCAUUUGGUUCCGCUGAGUCUGCGGAAGACCUGUACUUUUCUUUCCGGCUCAUACAGCAGAAGUCUGGUGAGAAGUUGUCAGAAUACAUUCGCAGAAUUGAACCUUUUCUGGCUAAAGUGGUGAAGAAAGGAGGGGUCUCAGCUAGUGAUAAAGACAAAGUGCGUGUUGAACAGCUGCUUCGGGGUGCAAUCGACUCAGACUUGAUGCUACUACAGUUACGUUUGAAAGAGAGGCGCAGUAAACCCCCCAAUUUUCUUGACUUAUUGUCUGAGAUCAGAGCCGAAGAAGAAUACCAGCUAACACGAAAGAAGGUGAACGCACGUAUUCGGAGUGUUGCUGUUUGUAAUGACUCAGUUGACAAUGAUGUCGACAUAGAAGUGCUAAAGGCUGAUUUUAAAGCUUUGAAAGCUCAAGUGUGUGAGAUGAGCAAGUGUGCAGCAAAUGAAGGAGCCAGUGCUCAUGCACCUAUGCCUAGUUCGAAUCACUCUGGCAGUGACAAGUCUGAAGCUAUUGCUUUAAGAAAGAAAGUUCAGAAGUUAAGUAAAAAGUUGAAGUCCAAAGAGAGAAAUACAACUGAGCCUUCGGUUACUGUAGCCGCAGUUGGGACUAAGAGCCAAAGUCAGGGUUUUAAACCAGCACAGAGUCCUAGAACUGAACGAGACCAAGAAGGAAGUUACUAUAUCUUCAGGUACUCCGCUAGAUUUGUGGCGAACUACUCCUCAAUCGUUAAGCCCUUGACAGACCUGACCAAAGGAGGGUUGACUGCUGCUGAGCAGAAGUAUCACAUCCACCAGCUUGAGUUUCUAGCACUCAAGUGGGCCGUGGUGGACAAAUUUCAUGAUUACCUAUAUGGUGUGAGAUUCACGGUAAUGACUGACAACAAUCCGCUCACUUAUGUGCUGACAACUGGGAAACUCAACGCAACAGGUCACAGGUGGCUUGCAGCACUAGCCAUGUAUGACUUUGAAGUCAAGUAUCACCCUGGAAAGACGACCGAGAUCGACUACACGGUGGGGACCGGGGGAUUCGGUGCUGCGGGGGUCCAUGCGGGAGGCGCGUGCGGAGCCACGAGCCACGACAGGUCCACGCUGUGA